AUGCCUGGUCGGGAGAGAACAGCUGCAUCAGUCACGUACCAUAUCAGCCAACCCAAGGCAUACAAGCCACUAGAAUCGCCCAUCCGCCUGGCAUUGGUAGAGCCGACCGAAGGACAGCGGCAUCGGAAGUGCCGGCAUCGAUCAACAUCGCGUAUUCAGGUUCUGUUCAGCCCUCAGUUCGCUCCACAAUGCAUGACGCUUUGUUCUCGGAUGAAAGCUUUCCAAACUCAAUGCUCUCUCAGUCCUGUGCCUCGCAGUUCCCACCACAUACGGAGAGUCAUGGGCAACAUGGGGGGAGGUAUAAAUCGCCCAGAAGAUCUGUCGGUUGGUACCUCGUCCAACGGCCCAGCCAAUGCGCAAUCAGAACGGUAUGUUCACAGGAAGUUGUCCCCCAGGGCCGACUCAGACUCGAAGUUCAACGCCUCUUCUGACAAUCUCAUCUCAAAGCUUUGCCCAACCUGCCCGUGA